AGCGAGGCCCCGCGCGAGCCCGGAGAGAGCCCGCGGCGCCGGCGGGCCCCGCGGCAGCGCCCUCGGCGCGGGGGCCCCGCGGGGUGGCUGCACGGCAACUCCGAGCGCUACCAUGUCGGGAGCGUGGUGUACAUCCACGGGGUGCCGGACAGCUACGACAUCUUCGACGAGCCGUGCGUCGUCCAGGGGUACGACGCGCAGCGGGGGAUGUUCACCGUGCGGAUGCUGCACCCCAGAUUCAAGGGGCAGCUUGGCCGGGUCUCGGACGAGCACCUCCGCUUCGGCUACUGCGUGCUGCCCAGCAGCAUCACCGCAGCCGACGGCUUCGAGCGGACCGUGCGCUGCGUCGACAGCCAAGACGAGCGGGGCCGCGGCCUGGAGGUGCGGCUGCCGAUCCGCGAGGGCGACGUCGUCUUCGAGGAGGCGCCCUUCCUGCUUGCCGCGGACGACACGAGCGAGAUGUGCCGCGCCCACUUCUUCAUGAUGGGCAACGCGAGGCGGCGACAGCACCAUGCAGCAGGCCAUGGAGGCGUUCGCGGACCUCGGCGAGGGCGGCGGGCUCCCGGAGGCGGCGCGCGCGCGGGUGGAGGCGGCCGCCGCGGAGAUCUUCAAGGACUCGAGGGGGCAAUGAGCGACCCAGAGUGCCUGCAGAGAAUUGCGCUGGACCCAGGGUACUCGACCAGGCAGGUGGCGUCCAUCACGUCCACUCUGCUGAGGUGGGAGACGAACCGCCACUACCUGCGAGCCGGUCCGAAUGCGGCGUACGGCCUGUUCAGGUGGCUCGCGAGGGUGAACCACUCGUGCCAGCCCUCCGUGGAGGCCAGGUGCCAGUGGAGCCCGCUGUCCCCCGGGUCGCUCGUGCAGGGGGACGGGCGCUGCGUGGUGCGCGCGCUGCGCGACCUGGCGCCCGGGGAGGCCCUCUCCGACAACUACGCGACGCCCGAGCUGCUCACGAAGGGCGUCUCGGAGCGCCGUGAGCACCUGCUGCAGCACCACGGCUUCCUCUGCCGGUGCCCCCGGUGCGUGGAGGAGAGCUGCGAGGGGGGCGGCGCCUCGUGACGCGCCGCGCGGCCCUCCUCCUCCUCCUCCCUCCUCCUCGUCCUCCUCCUCCUCCUCCUCGUCCUCCUCCUCCUCC